UUUUGAUAUUGAAAAUGUCAGAAACCCUCUCAGAUUCUGAUACCGCCAUGCUUGAAUUGGUUCGAAAGUACCUUCUUGAAGAACCUGACAUCCUGUGUCCUUUUCCGGCGAUAAAUACUCCCUCCGACGAGCCGUACUAUAGCCGGAGUUCAAGCUUCACGAGCCCUUUUUCAUCGGAGAAAUCCAUCGAACCAUCAUUCUGUGUCGAUUCAUAUGUUGAUUCUCUUUCUUCUGUCAUAAGUUCAUGCAAGUCAGGAGUUUCUAGCCCUAGCAACAGCAUCAUCAACCCAUUUUUUCAUGAUAAUUCAUUAGCGAGUUCGUGCAGUGAGUCGACUCAUAGCCCGAGUCCGAGCUACACGAGAUCCAACUCAUCGUUAACCGUUGGUUCGGACAUUUCGACUGGUUUUCAAGUUACAAAUUGGGAAGGUGGACCUGCGCUUCAUAGCCCAACCUCACCGGUUUCAACGGAGAAAGCACAAUUCAAAGUCGAUUUCUCGCUUGGAAAAGUCGAAAAGAUCAAGAAGAACGAUCAAAGAAGUAAAGAUUGGAGACGGUUUAGAGGCGUAAGGCGGCGCCCAUGGGGGAAAUUCGCGGCCGAGAUCAAGAACCCGUGUAAGAAAGGAGCAAGAAUAUGGCUCGGAACGUUCUCCACGCCCGAAGAAGCCGCGUUGGCUUAUGAUCAAGCCGCGUUCAAGAUUCGCGGUUCUCGAGCCAUGGUUAACUUCCCACAUUUAAUCGGCUCGAAAACCCUAAACCCGUUAUGUCCCUUGUCACAAGUAGCUUUGGAAUGUAAGUUGAAAAGCAAAGGUUUCAAGACAAAACCCGAACAAUGAUCGUUUUCGGGCAUCAGUAGUUUGAAAAACAAUAAGGGU